AUGGUGCUAAAGCUGCGACAGGACGUACUCCAGCGUGUAACAGCAGAACGCAAUGUCCGUUCAAUUCUUUUCCACUUUACAACUAUAACGACAUUUGUACAAGAGCCAGAUGUGAAAAUUGCAGUUCAAGCGCUCAAGACACAUGGAUACCGGCUGGGGUUCAUUGGAGAUACAAGUACGAGUGAUCCGAGGGUACUGAGUGCAUUUCACUUCAUCCACGUUGACAAGCAGAAUACCGGUAGUGCAUCGGUAUACAUGGCUGCUUCGAAGAAGUUAGAGGUUCCGCUGCAUAGGACGCUGCUUGUGACGGAAUCGACGCUGCUGGAAGACGUGGCCAAUGACGUAAUCUUAGUAACGUUGCCAUUACAAUCAACGGACACUAAGUCGCAUCCAUUUUUGGUGCAAUUUGUAAAAGACUUGCUCAACUUUGAUCAGUGUCUUGACCCUACUGGACGAUGCUUUGGCCCAUUCCGUGUGCCGUUUACUCAGAUUUUCUACGAGUCCGAGCUGUCAUUUGCACUGGUGAAUCUCAAGCCAAUUGUACCAGGACAUGUUUUGGUAGUGCCAAAACGGCCAGUACCUCGCUUUGAAAUGCUAGAUGUGGACGAAGUAAGCGAUUUGUGGAAUACUGCCCAGCUGGUCGGCAAGCAAGUGGAGCGUCACUACGGUGCAUCUUCUCUUACAUUUGCGAUACAGGACGGUAAGGAAGCAGGUCAAACAAUAUUGCACGUGCAUAUUCACAUCAUCCCGCGGAUUGCUCAAGAUUUCAAGUGCAAUGACGACAUUUACACAGAAAUCGAAAAGCACGAACAGACUCUGUACGUAGACAACGAGACGCGAACAGCACGCUCUGAAUCGGAUAUGGCAGCUGAGGCCGCACUUCUCCGUCCAUACUUUUCCUAA